CUCAGUGCCCCUGCAGUUGACCUAAACCCCUGCUGAUGCUCUCGUAAACACCUGCUGUGUUGUGGCACUUGACCUUAAACCCCCGCUGCUUAAGUCCCCUGCCUCGCCGGUAUGCUUCAUCGAUCAGAGGUGGUUGUUUCUGUAAUCGCUUGCUUUCUUCGUAUCCUCCCCCCGUAACCACCCUCCUUGCUCUUCAUACUCGCCCCUCCCUCUUCCUAUCCUUCUCUUUUCCCAUGCUCCUUUUCUCACAAUGCUCUCUCGUACCAUGCGAAUGCGCUAUACCUCUGCUGCGGCUGCUGCGUCGCUAGUUCGCAAUGCUCGUUCUGAAAUCGCACCCCGAAGCGUUGGGUGCGUUGCGGACGCCGCAUCGCGUCACGGUUUCCCAGAACCAAAUCCUCUGGGAUCAACUCCUAGGCACAUAUAUAAGCAAAUGCUUCUCUCUGGACUGUUUGGAAAGCGACAGGGAGGGGUUCAAAGGUCUGGGGAAUUUUGCCAAUGUUUUUACAGUGGUUCUACUGGGAACCAAGCUCCACGAAGUAAUGGGAACUCCAGUGAUCAUACAUUUCCCGAGGGUAUUAGCAGUUCUGGUUCGGUAGGUGAGCGGCCAUCAGAAGCAUCACAUUCUCAAUCAUCCUUGGUGGCUGAUGACUUUCGGUCACUCAUCGUCAGCAAGAAGCGGGAGGUGGCAAUUCUCGAGGCUGCCCUCGAAAUGUUGGAGACGGCCCCUCGGAACAAAUGGUUUCAAGAUCUCGUGCAGAAACACAAUAUCCAACUUGGACCAUCCAAGUCGUUCCUCAGUCUAUCGAAGCCUCCGCUCCUCAAAACGGAUGCUACUACAGUCGUGAUUGGAGACCUCGUAGGGAAACGGAACAUUCAAUCUGAGCCGGCUCCGCAAGCACUGGACUCCUCUAAUGGUGCGCUUUCAGAGAACACGUUUUUCGACGUGGAACCUGUUAAAGCAACAGAUAGCCAGCUUGACAGGCCGUGGGAUACUCCUAAGCUUGAAUCACAAAAAACCAAGUCCUCCGCAGUGUUCGACAAGCUUUCCCUAGACGAUUUUCCUUCUCCACAGGACCCCAAUCAUGGAAGAUUGCAGAAGAAGUGGAGGAGGUUAGGAAUGAUGGAAAAAUAUGAGCGCAACAGCAGAAAUGAGCCAGUGAAUUUUGGAACUGAUGCAAAAAACACUUACGGGGGUUCAAGACCAGGAGAAGAGUCUUCCGAGGCGAGUUCUCAUAACGAGCAGAGAGUUGAUAAGCCCUACAAGAGUUUAGCGGACCGAUUAUACGAAGAGCAUUUCGGACGCCCAGCGCCACCCGGUUUGAAAAGAACAUACCCGAAGGGAUCUUUUUAUGACCGUUGUAUGAAGAAAAAAGAACAAGAGGAGAAAGAAGCUGCCCAAGCGGGCUCACCACCUACGUCUAAGAGUGUAUCAUCAUUACCUACCUCAAGAUCGACUGAGGCUGGCGUCUCAGUCAGUUCCCACGGGGAUGAGAUUAAUGACAAUGUGAGUACAAGGAACAUUGUAAGCCACGAUUUGAACCAGGAGAGGAAACCAGGAGCGUGGAAAUGCCCCGAGUGCACCUUCUUCAAUCUUGCGUCAGAUAAGCAUUGCUACAGGUGUCAAGCACGGCGUGGGGAGACUGGUCUGGUUGAUGGGAGAGAUUCAGGAAGACGGUCAUUUAGAGAAAGAUAACCGACUUAAUGGAACGUCUACAGUACCGUUAGAAAGUACGUCGAAAACAGUGCCAGUUGCGUUUGAUGCACGAAGUAAGCAACGGCUGGGGGCAUAUAAUACAUCUCCAUGGCGAUGCCAUUCUGCACCAACCACUCCUUUUCCUGUUGUGUCGACUGAGAACCUUCUCUACCCAGUUCAUUCUAACCUUGAGAUGAUUUUUUCGAAUCAGGUAUUGCUGCCAUUCAGCAGUUGCAUGCUUAUGUUGUAUCUGAUGACGAUUAUGAACUCCUCAGUUUCUCUUGUCCUAGAAACCCCUGGUCAAGCUGAAACUAGACAGGUAUCCAUUUUGACGUAGGGAAUCCAAAUGCAGUGAGUGUUUAUUUCGGCGAUCUGAAUGCGGAUCCUACGGCAUGUGAGUCACAAACGUGUUCUUCUAUGAUAUCUCCCAUAGGUUGUCGAGAUUCUCAAUGUUACAGCAAUGCUUUCAUGCUGGGUUGAUUUAGAGAGAGAGAGAUUUCACGUCUAGCUAAGUCCUUUGACAUUCAACCGUUGAGAUUUUAUUCAAUUCGAACUGACCACUUGGAUGGUUAAGUAAAUUUAACGUGGUAUUACAUGCUUCAA